CCUCACUACACGCUCACACUUCUUGGCAGCACUCGGGCUGCUACAAACAAGAGGAAAAAGUACUUAACAAGUCGGUCGCCAAAGAACUUCGAAACGGCCGUAAACCGACCGCUUCCACGGAUACCACGCGCUCGGCUUUCGUUCAAAAGAGCCAAUUCGGACAAACGUUGAAGGUAAUUCCAGACAGUCGGGCCGUGUCUCAACCCUCUGAACUUCUCCUCGACGCCACCUUUUUUUUUUUCUUUCUCGUCUGGGCCUCCACCCCCCCCCCCCCCCCCCUCCCCUCCGGGCCGCCUAGAGGGACGGGCACAGCGCCAUGGUAACUCACAGCAAGUUUGACACCGCGAUGAGCAGCAGCCUCCUGGACUCCGGUAUGCGGUUCCCCCAGCGUUACAAGACGUUUGCCUCCAAGGCGCAGUACCAGAUGGUCCUCGCCACGCUCCACAAGCUCCAGGAGAGCGGCUUCUACUGGGCCGCCAUCACCGGCAAGGACGCCAACGCCAUGCUGGCGGACGAGACCAUCGGCACGUUCCUCGUCAGGGACAGCUCCGACAACCGGCACCUGUUCGCCCUCAGCGUCAAGACGGCGUCGGGCACCAAGAACCUGCGCAUCCAAUGUGACGCUUCCUCUUUUUACCUGCAGACGGACCCCAAGAACAUUCACUCGGUGCCCCACUUUGACUGCAUCCUCAAGCUGGUCCAUUUUUACAUGCCCCAGAACAAAGGGAACUCUCGCAGUGGGAAUAUGUACUUCAUUUACUCCGGAGGGGAGAGGAUCCCUCUGGAACUCGUCAAACCUCUCUCCUGUAGCUUAUCCACCUUGCAGCACUUGUGCAGGAAAACGGUCAAUGGACAUUUGGACAUUUCUGGUAAAAGAGACCAACUUCCUCAUCCUCUUAGGGAGUUCCUCCAAGAGUAUGACGCGCCUAUCUAGAUGUGUAGGACUGAUGCUCUCGACGGGGAAAAAGGCAGAAUAAGCUGGACGGGUUCAAAGACGCACGCGGUGUCUUGAGGAGUGUCAGCCGGUCCCUGUUCCAGUAAGAGACACUGGAUUGGGGACCAAUCCACGAAGAAGGGGGGGGCGGGGCCAAGAGAAAGCAGGCACAGCUGUAUUCUGGUGGUGUGAAAGAGAGACGCCCGCGUCCUCCUCUGCCUCACUGAUGACAUUCAGCUUACCGAAAGCUGAAGUGAGACUCUCAGUCAGCUGUCUACGGUCUGAUGACACACAACUUCCCCCCCCCCCCACCCCCCCGCUGCUGCUCACCAAGUGAGCUGUGGGGCUGCCGGUAUCACACGCAACAGCCUCGCGGAAUCCACCAUCAAUCAAAGCUGCUCAAAGGCAGGUCGCACACGUCAUUUCUAGUAUCCUGGGAUCUCCGACCACUAUGGAAAUUCACAGAGAAUGGAAACCUAAAAACAGCCAACCAGUGGACGCGGCUGGCCUGCAGGGUGCAUAGUUGUACUUGCCACAACGGAAAACACUUUAAAAAACAUAUCAGACUCUUACAAGAUGGUUUUAAGACCAGAAAAUAUUGAAAGAAGACGCCAAAUUAGACUAGCAGCUUGAUGAGACGACAACGUGACUGAAUCCCAUGGGAUCUUACUUGAGACAACAGCACCACUUCUAAAUAUGCCUUCAGUGGUGAGGACAUAGAUAUCCAGAUGCCAAAAGAUGUGUUUGGUAUUAGUGGCACAGACAGAAUUGCCAUUAUUUGCAAGUGAAUGUAUUAAACAUGGUAUCUGACUUUUUCCAACAAGGAGAAGAGUCCACAUGGGUCGUAUUUUUAUGAGUUUAAAGAAAUGCCGAUUGUUUUUGGUGCUGUCUUUUAUAAAGAUGUAUCUUUGCUUGCCAAACCACCACCACUGAAGAGAUGUGUUUGACAAAGAAAACAGACUGAUACAACUUUGCACUUAUUUAUAUUUGUAUGAACAUUUCAUUAAUUUAUAAUAAAACGUCCAUAUUUUUCUAUGAAA